GUUCGGUAUUCACUGAAGCCAAGUUACCACGCACCUUCAAAUUCCUGCUGGAACCCUUCAGCAUGCCUUUCCGGUUGGACUUCGAUGUGAAGAUCAAGCAGGGUGCUAGCAUAGCCCUGGCUGAGCAUAAUACUGACGAGUCCGUCUUUGCCGAAAUAAACAUCGGUGGGAGAGUGAAUACCUUGGCGAACGUGAGACCAUGCUACUUGAUCUGUCUGGAUAUAGUGGCUACACAUGAGGAACAAGGGUUGGUCAACGCCAGUGAGUACCGCCCUUUCUGGAUCGACUACAAAGGGGGCGUGGUCAGAAUCGGUAAAGGAGGACAGGAGGCGGCUUUCGUGGAAUGGGACGCCGGUGCAUACCACCAGCGAGUUCCGACUCGCGUGCACUUUGGUGUGUCUUCAUGGGGCAAUGCCGAGGGGUACUGGAAGCUUCACCAAAAAUGUGCUUAGUUCACACUAUUCAGUUGAAAUAAGCAUAUACGUCACUCAUUGAAUUAAAGGCAAGAUCAUUUGCAUAAUAUCCCAAAGUGACCUACCGAAUUGUCAUUAAGAAGCUUGAUUAAAGAUUGUAAUGGUACUAAG